UCUCUCUCUGAAAGAUGGCUUCCUCUUGUGAUACUGAAGAUGAGGUCAAGGGCGACAAGUACAGAUCACAUAUCUAUGGGGAAGGAGAGAAGAAUACUAAGUGGAGGUUUGGUGCUCCUCCCAACUAUGAUGUUGUGAACAAACUCUUCGAGGAAGGCAGAACCCAGGAAUGGCCAAAUGGGUCCUUGGAGGAAAGAGUGCAAAAUCUAGUGAAGACAUGGGAAAUGGAGCUCGUGCAUAAGAUGGAUCCAGCUGACUAUAAAACUGUAAACACUACCAACUUUACAAUCAGCAUAAAUGGAGGUAAACCCCUGCUGCUUCAAGAGGUGAGGAAAAUUGGAAGCUACAAUCUAUUCCUGCAAACCUCCUUGCCGCAGAAUUUACGUGUGUUCGACCCAUCAAUUGAAACACCUGAAUCUUCUCACCAGGCUUUCAUCACCACAUUCCCUCGUGGGUUCGCUGUGGAAAUUCUUCAGGUCUAUUCGGGUCCUCCAGUUAUUGCCUACAAGUUCAGGCACUGGGCUUUCAUGGAGGGCCCUUUCAAAGGUCAUGCUCCCACAGGAGAGAUGGCACAGUUCCAUGGAAUAGGCAUCUUCCAUGUUGAUGAAAUGAUGAGAGUUGAGAAGGUGGAGUUCUUUUAUGACCCAAACGAAUUACUUGCAAGCCUUGUGAAGAGUCCUUUGUCAAAUGACUCUGAAGCUUCAACAAACUCAUCAUCAUCUGCCGGUUGUCCGUUCUUUAACAAACUAACUCAAGUUUAGUUAUCGUCUUGGGACUACUUAUCGUGUUUAUGCCACAAGUAGUAGUGACUAAUGGUUGUUAUUAGUGAAAUAAAUUAAAUGGGAUUACACUUUAAUUAUUAUCAUGUAAUUAUGUCUGGUUACGUUUUGAUUUGUA